AUGUCUCCUAAAAAACAAACUCAACGUGGCGGAGAACCAAGUGGUAGCAGAAAAUUGGCUAGAAGAGGUCGAAAAUCACAUAAAUCAUUGUCAUCUAAUACACCAACUACUAACAAUACCAAAGCUGACAGUAAAUCUACUUCAAAAAUGCAUGCAGUUGUUAAUAAAAGAGUACUCUCGUUAUCUAGGUUAAAACCUAUUCAAAUUAACUGCGAUUCAGCAGUGUCGUAUGUAACAAAUCAAGAAGAACCUGAUGAUAUUGAAAAAUUAAUUACAGAGGAUGUAUUGGACAGCAUACAAUGGGAAUUAGAAUCUAUGUUAACUGGUAUAAUUGUACGUAAAAGACAAAUAAAAAAUGAUUCUAAUUUGAUUUCUUCUGUGCAAGAAACUGGUUCUCAAAAUAAUGUAGAAAAUAACUCUGAACAACGUAUGAUUGUAGCAAAAGUGAAUGCAAAAAUAUUUCCCGAUGAUGAAAGUUCUUCAAACUUAAACAGUGUUAAAUAUGAAAAUGAGCUACCUCCUGCUACUGAAUCAGCAAAAAAAUUUUGGUCUCUAGUUAAACCUUAUAUUGCUGAUGUAAGUGAAGAAGACCUCAAAUGGUUAGAAGAUUUGGUUAUGUCUUAUGCCUCUAAACUUGAAGAAAUACCACCUUUAGGUGAACAUUAUACAAAACGCUGGGUGAAAGAAGAAUUAAAAAUGCAAAAUCAACAAGCUUCAAGCUCUCAUCAGCCAGAUAUUAAAACUAGACUAGCUGAUCGAGUAUCCCCUGAUGUGGUAGAACUAAUUAAUAGAGCUAAUAACGCUGCACGUGGUGGUAAUGAAUCAACAAAAAUAUAUCAAAAAGUUAUUGCAGCUAUUUUAGAACAUUCAAAUAUGUCUCAAAAUGACAAUGAUAAUGGUAGUGAUAUUGAUGGUGAUGCUGAAGACAAACUAGAAGAAAUGAGCAAUUUUUGUGAAGAAUUUUAUAGGGAACAAAAUAUUAGAAAACAACUGCAGAAAUUAGGAUUGAUUGAUAAUAAAGGCAAGCCAGUGACAUCACCCUCAAGUUUACCUCAUUCCUCAUCACAAGCUACCAAUGAGAAUGAUGAAAUUUUAGAAGAGUUAGUUAAAUGUGAUGCUGCGUUAAGUAAUUUACAAGAAAUGAACAAAAAUCAUUUAACUGAAUUAUUAGAAAGAUGCCGUGAACGUCGUUCUCAACAAAAGAAAAAAAAUAAACUCCAAAAACUGGAUAAUCAGAUUUUAAACAUGAAAAAACAAGGCAAUUCACAAAAAAAAGAUGGAAAGACUGCACAAACGGGAAAAGAAUAUGAGAACAUGAGAUUUUUAUUAGAUAAACGCAGUAAGUACAUUAUGCGGUUGCAAUCGUAUAAUACAGAUCCUACUGAAAAUGAUGACUCUGAAUUAAGUGAUGAAGACGAAUGUAUUGUUAUAUCAGAUGAUUGUAUAGUUAUAUCCGACAAUUAG